CGUCUUUUAUCCACAAAAAGAUUUCUUCAAAAAUUAAAAAAGAAAAUUCCAAAACAUUGAAACAUCAACAUCAUAGUAAUAACUUCGUAAACUCCGUCAAUUACAACCUCAAUUCCUCCGAAUUCUAUAAAUAAAUAACCCCCCCCAUAAUGCCUUCAUUACAUUCAACAUUCUCCAACAACCAUGAACGGCGGCGCCGCCUCUUCCUCUGGUGACGCCACCGUCCUCAAACGCAGACACACCACUACCAAUCAAACCAAUCACUCUAACCAGAAAAACCCAAUGCCGAAGAAUUCAUCUUCUUCUCUUUGUUCUCUAUAUUCAUCAGCUUCCUUCCUGAAAUGGACAAUCUCAGAUGUUGUACACGUGGCAACACAUCAUUGGAUGCCGUGUUUGUUUGCUUGUGGUCUUUUAUUCUUCAUGGCUGUGGAAUACACGCUCUUUAUGGUUCCUUCUUCUUCUCCACCGUUUGAUUUGGGUUUUGUUUUCACGCGUUCUCUUCAUCGUGUUCUUGAAUCUUCUCCUCAGCUCAAUAAUGUCCUAGCUGCUCUUAAUACGGUGUUUGUGUUAAUGCAAACGAGUUAUAUAUUAUGGACUUGGUUUAUUGAAGGAAGACCUAGAGCAACAAUCUCAGCUCUUUUCAUGUUUACAUGUCGUGGGAUUUGUGGCUAUUCCACACAGCUCCCAUUGCCUCAGGGUUUUUUGGGUUCUGGCGUGGACUUUCCAGUUGGGAAUGUAUCAUUUUUCCUGUUUUUUUCUGGUCAUGUGGCGGGUUCGGUGAUAGCUUCAUUAGACAUGAGGAGGAUGAAUAGGUGGGGGUUGGCAUGGACUUUUGAUUUGUUGAAUGUGUUGCAAGCUGUGAGAUUACUUGGUACAAGAGGCCAUUACACUAUUGAUUUGGCUGUUGGGUUAGGUGCUGGCUAUAUAUUUGACUCUUUAGCUGGUAAGUAUCUUGAAGAUAGCAAGUUGAAAAUAGCUAAAAAUAGUGUCAAUGGUCAUGCCUCCAAACAUGAUUUGGUUGCAUGAACAAUUUGACACUUUAGCCAAAAGGGAAACACAAAAAAAGGAUACUAGAGAAGUAGACAAUACAAUGUGUGAAUGUGUGGAUGGGAGAUGAUUUUGUCGAAGCCGUGAUUUUGUUGUAGCUCUAAAGUGUAGUUUUUGUCAAAAUCGCGGUAGCUCAUCAUGAUUUUGCCGAUGUUAGGAUCCAAACAUGAGGAAGAGUUUGAAUUGUAAUUGUAAAGCAAAUAAGAAAAAAGCUUAAAGAGUGAAAUCAUGUGUGAGUAGUAGUUGUUUUUAAUUGUUUAAUUAACGUGUAAUUUCAAUAAUUUAUUUAUUUCACUAUAUGACUAAGAAUUUCAUGCUUUGUCUGCA